CUCAGGAGCUAGGCCAGAAAACCGAGGACCUGACCAAUAGCCGGAGUGCGUGCUUUGUCUCGUUCAUCUCCUGUGGGGGCGUGUCAGCGCACCCACUGGGUGUAGUCCCCGAGAUUCGGGCCGACUGCUGAGCAGUCGGGUCGGAUCUUCCCUGACGACUUCUUCCUUAUUGAUUUUUCCUUUGUCUUCAUGCUUGCAGGAGCCAAUGCCAGCUUGAGGGAGCAGCUCAGUGGGGCCCAGACCGCCCUUCGCGCCAAGGAAGCCGAGUGCAACGCCUUAGUCCUGGAGCACGACCGCCUGGCCAAGAAGUUGGCCGACCAGGAGGAGAGCCACAAGGCGGCUCUGAAGAAGGCGCAGGAUAGCGAGGACGCCCUCAAAGCUAAGUUCGAGACCGAAGCGGCGGGCUGGGCUGAGGCAAAACAAGCGCUGAGCGAGGGCUACGGCCGGGUUGAGGAUCUGAUCGAUGACUACUUCCCCGGCUACUCCGUCAUUGCCACCUAGGCCAUCGAGGCCCACCGCGAGGCGCGCCGGCAGGCGGG